AGCCAAUGAGAAUGCACGUUGCUGUAAUGUUAAGAAACAAGCCGCUCACAUGUGUGGUGUUAUUUGCAUCCAUCGGUAAAGAGCGUGUUGUUGCAGCCACCCCUCCAGCAUGACCCUGCAGUGACUCUGUUACUAAGAUCUGAAGCUUUCCUGCCAGCGACCCCCCAUGUGUAUCAUCUUCUUUAAGUUCGAUCCCCGUCCUGCAUCCAAAAAUGCAUACAGGCUCAUCUUGGCUGCCAAUAGAGAUGAAUUAUAUCACAGGCCAUCCAAGGUAGCAGAUUUCUGGGGGAAUGGCAACGAGAUUCUCAGUGGGCUGGACAUGGAGAAGGGGAAGGAAGGAGGGACCUGGCUGGGAAUCAGUAAACGAGGGAAGCUUGCUGCUCUGACUAACUACCUGCAACCCAAGAUCAACCGUGACGCCCAGGGGAGAGGCAGUCUGGUUUCAAACUUCCUGACCGAGAGCCUGGAUAGCUUCUCUUACCUGAAGAAAGUCUCUUCUGAAGGGCACUUGUACAAUGGCUUUAACUUGAUAACAGCAGAUUUCAACAGGCCAAAAGAAGAUACAUUUUGUUAUUACGGAAACAGAGGAGACCCAGAACCCAUUUACUUGAAACCAGGUAUUUAUGGGCUCAGCAACUCUUUGCUGGAGACUCCAUGGAAGAAGCUCCAGCACGGCAAGCAGCUCUUCAGUGAGGUGCUGUCCCGGGACCUGGCUCCUGACAGCCUGGUGCACGAGCUGCUAGACGUCAUGAACAAUCAGGAACCACAAUUACCAGACGAGGCAAUCGAGAAGCAGGGUCAGGAUUAUAUCCGCCCGAUUCUGAGGGAGUACAGUGCUGUGUGUGUGCGCUGCCAGGGCUAUGGUACAAGGACCAACACUAUUAUCCUCAUCGAUGGAACGGGGCACGUCUCUUUCACAGAGCGCACCAUGCUGCACUCUGACGUGAACCAGUGGAAAAUGAGCUCUUUCCAGUUCACACUCCUCCAGUAAGACCACGCUGUUGUCCUUUAGACUGGGGAACAUUUCUCUGCGUGUUUUUCAGAAUGAAAGUGAAAACGUGUUUCAUUAAAAAAAAAAAAAAAAACAACCAACCAACAGCUUUAUGUCAAAUAAACUUACAGGAUUUCAGAUGAUUUUUUUUUGCAUUGCCAUCACACUGCAGUUCAAAUCUAUUGAAUGAAGAGAUAUUAAGAUUACCAAAGCUAGAAGCAGCUUGGUGCUUCAGCCAGACCAGUCACUAGGUCUUUGUGUUGCGCUCCUCAUGCUUCAGUAAAGCUGUAUAAGCAGGUUCCCCACCGCAGAGGAGAUGGUGCAUCUUAUUAUUAAUGCCUUGGUAGGGAUCUCACUCUCAAGUUCUCCUCCCUUCUGCACAUUAGAUUGUCCCUGGAUUCUUGAAAGCACUAAUUAUGUUCCCCACUGUCUAAAGGUUACAGCACAGCUUGUCAGUGAGGGCAGAAGACAUUGCCGGCACAUAAUCGCAUCUGCAGCAGUAUUGUGGCAAUAUUUAUCUAACAAACCAAGUAGCUAGCAAACACUUUGCAAAGGGUUAAAAAAAAAGAAAAACGUGGCGAUAAAUAAACACACAGCUGUAAUCCGGGAGAUGCCAAGAUGUGACCCCUGCAAUCCAAUUUACAACCUGAUUUUAACAUUAAUAGACCCCUUCAUGCACCCUGACACUGGCCAUGACAGGAGCUGAAACAUCCUGAUUGUGUUUUAGUUUUGGCUGUAAGGUCUCUGUGCAUGUGUUUCGCAGGCUGGUUGCUAUGAAGUCAGUUGGCCACUUUAUCAGUUCACAGCACAACAAUUAAACUUGACAUAUGGAAGUACCAACAAGAGGGCAAAAGUAAGCUUUGACUAAGCUUUCCACUGUGGGUUAUAAAUGUGCCUUAGCACAGUAGAUGAUGCUUAUCUGAUUGAUAUAUAUAUAUACACACAUACACACACACACACACACACACACACAUAUACACAUAUAUAAGCAGUCACACAGCAUUUUCACAGGGACGCUUUUGGCAGGUGGGGUCCUGCAGAUGAUUCAGGGUUGCUUUGCUCCACACCAGCAUUGUAAAGUGACCCUGUAUGUUUAGUGCUAUACCUGCCUCCUCAACACUCUCCACCUACACUGAGAUUCCAUGCAUAGGUAUGAUGUGAAGUGCUGCAUGUGCUUGUGAAGAGCAGGUUACUGAAGAUGAAAUGGAUUCCAUACCCAGCGGCAGUGUUUUAAUUAAGAGUCUUGGAGAGGGUGAAUGGGGGUGCAUGCUCCAGACGCGUGGUUCAACGUGGAGCCAAAUGCAUUCUGGCAUUCCGACAUUCUCCCGGCCUUCUCUUGAGCUUCUCGUUUCUGAGCUCCUCUCACGGCAUCGGACGUUUUAAUCGUUGCCUCUCCAGUCAUAUGUUAGCAAAGCACCCAUAUUAAAUGCUUCCUGCUCAUUGCAAUGGGUAUUAUUUCCAGGUGUCAGUCGCUUGAGUCACUGAUCUAUCAUCAUUUUUCAAUGUUCUCUUCUUUUCUCCCAUUUGGAGGUUAAGUGCAGUUCUGACCUUCGCGCAGCUUCAGCCUGAUUCAGCAUCUCUAUCAUCUCUUUUUUAGAUUAAAGAUGAAACCCAUUCUGGAACAGAACUGAGCAGUUUGCACUGCCUCAGCUGAAUGCAGCCCUCGCAUCACACCAGCAGCACUGGAGCACAGUUACUCUUUCCCAGUCCACGUUGUUGUUUGUCAAAGUGUUCUUAACAAGCGUGUCGUACUGCUUUGGCCCAGUACACUCUGAUCACUGUUUCUAGUGGGCGUAUAGUUUUCUCUGCUGCUCAAAGCACCACCUCUCAUUGUUAUUUGUUUAACACAGACUGAUCAGCCAUUAGGGAACACUGUACUGUGUCAGAGCUCAUUUCAGAUUAAAAGCAGAAAACAAAACUACUGUACUUUGUCUCUUUUCAAAUCUUAGCUAUGCAUGUGUCAAAUACCAUCUCUGAGUGCGUAAUUGUGGUUCAUUCUUAGUUUUAAAUCAUUGUUGUAAAUACUGUAUAUAUGUGUGUAUACACCACAGUGGUGAUAGAUGCACACUUCUCAUGGAAAUACAGGUUGCUAGAAUGUAGCUUUAUCAAGUGAUAUAGCCAUACAUAAUUAACAAGAAAUGCCCUAGACGAGGACUGGAUUAUAUUGAUUCAUUUAGAUUAACACUGAAGAUACAUCUCUCUAAUAUUGUAAAAUAAAAUCAUUUGUUUCACGCAGAUUUCCUAAGGUGUUGCGCUAGUGCAAAGAUUGCACCUUCUCGAGUGCAAUCCAAUACUAACAGACUUGGAAUAUGAAUUGUACAGACAGUUGUUUUUAAUUAUUAUUUUUUGCUGAAGACGGUAGUGACCUUGAUUGCAUCCAGACCUGCUGCUGCUGUUCAUUUCCAUGCAGGGAUGCUUCUUGCUGUUUGGUUUUCUGGUUUUAACUUGCAAAGCUGUAGCCUGUUUAUUCUGGGGUUGCCAACGUUUACCAAGACACUGCGCAAGCCUAAUGCUUCAGUGUGUACCGGACUGACUAGACUGCAUAUCACCUGUGUUGAUGCUGUGAACUGGGAGAAGACGCAUUGGAUAAUAGCAUUGCACUGUGAUCGCUGAUUGCAGCUUGAUCAAACAGUUAAUCCUGGUGCUGUAGCUCGGAUCUGCACAGUGUCUCCACUAUGUGAUGUGUUAAUCCUGCUGCCUACCCAGUGCAAUCCUGUAGCAACAAAAACAGAUUCAAUUGUGGCAGCUCCCCAACAAGUUAAUGCAAAGAGGUGAUGAAUUCUGAAAUUUUAAAGACUGCAUUCGAGCCAAUGACUGAACAGUGAUGGGAGAAGUGGGCUUUGCAUUUUAGGAUCUUAGGACACUGCCCUCUGGUGUCAGUAUUUAUUGCAGCAGCUUCUUGAGAACAACGCCUCCACCAGCCUCUUCAUCCACCUGCAGGACACCACUGACGUCAUAGGAGAGAAGUCACUUUUUCUGUUUCCACUGUGGGUGCUGCGAAUGACACGUGUCCUUUUUUUUAGAUUAGAAGGUAAGAAAGAAACAUUGAUGUGGGUAUUGGUGUGCGAAACAUUCGCAAAUGAUAAAGAAAGAUUUGUAUUGGAAGAAAAAUGUAUUUAAACCACUUUUAAAAUAGAGUUUUUAUGAUUUUUUUAUAGACUUGAAGGAUUCACAACGUAUUCAACCCACUACUAAAUGUGAUGCUUUUUUUUUUUUUAAGUAAAUGGAUUAACAUACUGCUAUUGCUGCAGAAAAACCAGGUUCUGUCUUAGCACUGGGUUAGGGCUGUGUGGGUUGGGGUGUCAUGGUUAGUGCCCAGUUUCCUUCUCUCUCCCUGUUGGUCUGCCCCAGUUCCCUUCUCUCUCCCUGUUGGUAUGCCCCAGAUUUGCAGGCUGGCAGGUUCAGGGGUCUCAGUACCAUACUCAUGGGUAAAAGUAUUUUAUUUAUUUUUUUUAAGCAUUUAUAGAAAACUGGCAAUAGUUUUAACUGUGUGUUUAUAUUCCUAAUUGUUUUUCUAUUCUGCUUUUACAAAAGCUGUGAUGAAUAAUAAUAAUAAUAAUAAUAAUAAUAAUAAUAAUAAUAAUAAUAAUAAUAAUAAUAAUAAUAGUAAUGCACUGUAUGUAAGUACAGGAUGUCUGUUGCUACCACGGCAUCUGAAAGCACAAUAACCCUAAUAAAACAUUCAGUGCUG